AUGGGACUUCCUUUUAGACUCUCUCCAAACCCCCUGUCUCCUCAUGGGGUUGCUUUUUACCCGGUCAAGAGAGCUGAGAGAGGAGUUCUGCCUGUUUCUUGGGUUUGUUUUCCUCUCUCUUUAUCUUUGUCAUCACAGAAACAGAAAAGAACAUGUGGUAAAGCUCUGGAUCAGGCGAAAUUUCUAGAUUCUGCUGCCAAAUGCAUUUCAGGCCAGGGCACUUCUUGCCUUGCCCCCAUCCCAGAGUUCCCCUCUGAGGUUAGCCUUGUCUUCCCUCCCAUCUCCAUCCUCUCAGCCCUCCAGGCAGGGGGAGGGAACUCUCUGCCCAUUCGGGACUCCCUGCAAGAAGGCAGAGGUAGUGAACCCUCCCUGCUGGAAGACUCCAAACCAGGCUUAUCCUGCUAG